AUGCAGUCGUGGAAACGCUCGAGCUGGUAUUUGCAGGAUGAGAGGCACGGUUCUCACGGUUUUUCUGAUGGGGAUGAGGACAGAGGCCAGGAGAAGGACGACGAAUUCUUACCGGUUUCUUCGCCCGCUGUAGAAUGUGGCAUGGUCGGAUCCACCGGCACAAAUGCUCUUCCUGGCGACGGCAGUUCAACGCCCGUUCUGGAUUCGACUCCACACGCUGGCUUUUUGGAGCCGGGGUCGCAUAGACGAGAAUGGCACCGAAGCAGUUCUGAUGACCCUCUGCUCUUCCAUCCGCUGAUCGUUGUAGAAUCUGAUGACAGUGCUAAGGACGGCCGUGCAACAUCCAUAUCUCACUCUCCCAAGGCGGAUGGUGGAAGCGACGAAGCCGGCACUGGCAUCGCCGGUGGACGUUCUAUUUCGCUCAAGAGACAACGCCGGGACGGGGCCGGUACCGGUGCCAUGCACCCCAUGGUCGCGGUCGAAGUGCCGGUCAUCGCGGAUCGCCUUGAAGAAGGCAUGUUAAGCCGACUCCGGACCCGCCAACGGAAGAGUCGUGCACGAUCGAGGCGUGAGGUCCCCAAUGCUCAGGACUGUAAGUUUCCCAGGAAACCCGUGCAGUGCGUCGAAGACGACACGACCAUGUCCGACACAGGUAGCUUGAGUGCACACUCUGACGAUACAGACGACGACUACUGUGCGAGCAGCGAAGAGGAUGGCCCAACGAAACAGCCAUCAAAGCGUCGCAGGCUUCCCACACUGCCAUCCGGCGCUGCGUUGCGCCGUCCUCAGUUUCAGAUCCCAAGGGCAGCAGCCGCUGCAGGUCGUGAAGGUGUCGAACAGGAGGACAGAGUGCAAGCGACGACUGCGAAGGACCGUUACACAACCCCCCGGAACACAAAUCAUGGACCGGACACGUAUGCCCACUUCCGACCUCCUAUUGAUGACGAGACGCGUAGUUGCCCUCUUCUGUUGUUGACCCGAGGGGAAGCUGUGAUGCUUUCUUCUACAGUGGCCCAAGUCAUUUUCAAGAUGGUCACAGGCCGUCCAAUGACCGCCUCAGAUCUCACAGACAAAACAACAGCUGCAGCUGACACUGAAAGAGAUUUCAGCAAACAGAAGAUCAAGGAUCUGGAUGGGAAAAGAUGUUGCUGGACUCAAAAGAAGGACAUCCACCUAGUGGCUCUGAAGCAGAACAGCUUCUCCUGGACGGAGAUUGAGAAGCAGUUUCCACACAGACAACUCAGCUUCUUGCAGCAGCAGUGGUACACAAAACUUCAGAAUACACACACAAGCAACCCCAUCACCGACAAGCGGAGGCAAGAGUGGAACUGUAAGCGCGCCCACUCAAUCCUCAUCUGUAACCCCUCAGCUCUGUGUGACGUGAGUCUGAAAAAUAGUGCUUAG